AUGCCUGCAGAGCUUGGUGUAGUUAACUGCGGGAGCAAUGCUAGUGAAACAGAACCCGAAGUCAUGUACAUCACCAUUGGUUCUUUCCACCCAAGCAAUUUUAAGCUAGAUGCUGCUGCACGUCUUUCAGCAGUUGGUAUUCAUAUACCCUCUUCAUUGCAGCCAAACACAUUGUGUGCCCUGGUAACUUCAACAGGCAACCCACUUUCCACAGGCAUCCCACUUGUGUCUCCUUCGACUGAACUUGCACUGGAAACAGAAAAGAAACAGUCAGAAGAUGGAGAAAUGAAGGAAGCAAGUAUAUCA